AUGGGAUUUGCUCUCAACCGUCUCGCCAAGUUCUACGGACAGUGUCAAGGUCAUAGGGGGGGUUAUAGGUCUGAUAAAAGCGCUUCUAUAAAGACAACAAACACAUCGCUGACAGUCAAUUUAAGACAGAGAUGGCAUUCACAUACUGGGUACUGUUUGCACUGUGUGGUUCAGUUCUUGGAAUACCGCCAGGUAAACAACACCACAGGAAACACUUGUGAGAAUCAUUGUGACUGUGAACCAGGUAAAGGUUGUAUAGACUUUCAGUGCGAAGAUCCUUGCCUUGGCCUGUGUGGCCUUAACACCAUCUGUCAUGUAGUCGGUGAAGUCUCUAUAUGCUCUUGUAAACCGGGUUUUAUUGGCCAACCUAUCAAAGGCUGCUUCCCUGAAGUAUGCACAAUGAACUCGGAUUGUCCAGAGGAGAAAAUUUGCAGUGACCACCUGUGUAAGGACGUCUGCAAGGACGCUUGUGGACUGAAAAGUUUUUGUAUGUCUGUCAAACAUCGUGCAAUCUGUUCCUGCAAUCCAGGGUAUGUCUGGAAACAGUUCUUAGGAUGCCAUGUUGAAAGUAGGCCUCCUCACCUGUACAGAACAGAUCAAUGUCGUCCGGCAUGCUGUUUGGCCAGCAGCUGGAGGCGAGGAAAGGUGCUGUGGAACAAGUACUGGGUCGGAAUACUGACGUCUAGCGAAAGGAUGGGUGUGGCGCAGGUGUCGAGAAGUGCGGAAGUCCAGCUUGACAAGUAG